AUGAAUCGGGGCAGUAUUUACCGGCGUCGAUCAUCCGGCUAUUAUGGGGCCAGUUUUGUGUACCAAAACAGACGGGCCUCCAACAUGCAGGUGCCCAUUGGGUUGGGUGUUAAUAAUCAACCAUGCUCGUAUCAAAACGAAAACUAUCAAGGUGUUGAGGUAGAGGGCCGUCGCAUAAGGGACUGUAUAGAGGCCCGGGAGGCCCUUAAAAAGCACAAUUACCGGCGUUUAUUAGCCAGUAUUGUAUUGUGUUAUGGUAAUUUUUGUGUUGGUAGUACCUAUUCUGUGUUGGGACCACUGUUUCCUUCCGAGAUCCGGCAUCUAUCGCCAUCUGUAGAGGGUAUUAUAUUUAUUGUGCAAGGUGCAUUUUACGCCAUGUUCAAUCCAUACUGGGCCAGUUUGGUGGACAAAGUGGCAAAUAAACAUAACCUAUGCAUAGCUGGCUGUAUAUUUUCACUGCUCGCUUACGUAAUCACCGGUCCGUUGCCUUUCAUACCGAUUAACCCCAACUUAUGGCUUGUAAUAAUAGGCCAGGUGUUUCUGGGCUUUUCCAUGGGCGGUAUGAUCGUGGGCAGUUUUGCGCACGGCUUUCAACAAAUAUUGUAA